AUGCGAAGUGCGGUGCCAAAGUUCCACGAUGGUGCUACUUCGUUCACAGCCCUAGCCGUUUCAGCGGGAGGCGACUGCGUGCCCCUUGCUCGGGUUACGUUGGUCGGUCCGUUCGUUUGCCGGGCGUUGUUUGUGAGUGACCUGCUGCUCGCUGUGGGGAGCAAAACUGUGCCGCUGCUUGUUUGUUGUGUCGAUCCUCAGUUCGGAGGAGCAGUUCAGUGCUUGCCUGCGGGCCAGAUCACACUGAGUCCGGCGGGUAAUUUGCGACUUGAGAUGAGUGACCAGGCCGCGGCCAGGACCGGCGCUGCGUCCGUGGAUCCGCCACAGCCAGCAGCAGCAGCAGCAAGCCAGCAGGCCGAUAACAGUCACAAAGUAACACUUCUCUGUCAUUGCUUCCACUGCUUUUUUUUUUUUUUUGUAACAUAA